CAAAAUUCUGGUAAAGUAAAUAUCUCUUUUCUGGGUAGAAAGAAAAUUGAAAAAGAAAAUUGAAAAGAGUGAAGGGGGCAUCCGGGAUUGAACCGGAGACCUCUCGAUCUGCAGUCGAAUGCUCUACCACUGAGCUAUACCCCCUCGGAUGAAGAGCUAUCGAUAUUUAAAUUUUAUAUAUUUAGCUCUGCUAGUUCGCUAUCAAUCUUGAGAUUCGAUUUAUCUAAUGAUUGUCAGAUUAUAUCAUAUAUAUCACCUGAUUUACAGAUUUGACGGAUUUAUCAUGUUUGUUAUUUUUAAUUUUUAGUUUUUUGAUGAGAAAGUUUUUUACAUUUUAUACUCAGUCAAUGGCUUUGUUAUCGUCUUGAAAAUAAAUUUAAGCAAUAAGAAAUAUUAAAGUACAAAGAUGGGAAAGAAAAACAGAACUAAUAAAGACGGCAGAGCCCAGAAGAGCAAACCAGAAGAAGAUGCAACUGUUUCCUUACUUCUUGAAAAAGCAAGCUCACUUCCAGCUGCAAAUGCUAAAGAGCAAUGGGAUGAACAUGUUGCAAUCAGAGAAUUAGUUGACAAAAUCCAGAAAAUGCAGGUUCAGUCAGAAAAAGAAGAGGUACCAACCCGAAGUACUUUCCUUCCUAAAUUCUCUGAAUGGCUGAAGGAAAAUAAGGCUGAUUCUGAAAAUGUGGAGGUGUACUCAAGUUCUGAGGUUGAUUGUGGUGUCCGAGCUGUGACCUCGCUUCAGGCAGGAGAGAAAAUAUUAAAUAUCCCACGAAAGUUGAUCCUAACUUCAGAACAUUCAACUUCCACAUUUUUAGGAUCUAUUAUUGAGACAGAUAAACUAUUACAAGUAAUGCCAAAUGUAGUACUUGCUUUGAAAUUACUGAACGAGUGUCACAAGGAAGACUCAUUUUGGAAACCCUAUAUUGAUAUUCUCCCGCUAAAGUUUAGCAUUCCUCUGUUUUUCACACAAGAAGAAGUUAGUGUAUUGAAAGGAUCACAGGUUUUAGGCAAUGUUCUUAACCUGUACAAAAGCAUUGCUCGUCAAUAUGCGUACUUGUAUCAACUUUUCAAGAAAAUACCGACAAAUAAUAAAUUAAGUUUUAUGAAGUCAUUCACGUACAAUCAAUACAGGUGGGCAGUUUCUAUUGUGAUGACAAGACAAAAUCAAAUACCAUGUUCUAGUGGCAAAGGAUUACAUUUGGCUUUGAUACCUUUUCUUGAUAUGUGUAAUCAUUGUGAAGGACACUUCACGACGGACUACGAUCUUAGUACGGAUUCCUGCGUUUGUUAUGCCUUGGAUUCAUAUGUGUCAGGUGAUCAGGUCUUCAUAUUUUACGGUCCAAGAUCAAACUCCGAUUUCUUCGUACAUUCAGGAUUCUAUUACACAGACAAUAAACAUGAUCUGCUUCACAUCAAACUUGGAAUUAGCUCAAGUGAUUCCCUACAUAUGUUGAAGACACAACUUUUGUCUAAGAUCGGUGUGAAUAUGAAAAAUCUUGCUGUUACGAAAGAAGAAAUUCCACUAACAAAAGAUCUGUUAGCAUUUCUAAGAAUAUUCUGCGUCACUGAGGACGAGGGAAAGCAGUUAUCAGAAAAAACAGCUGAAGAAUUGCAAACAAUACUCUUUGAUCAUUCUGUAAAAGUUAGCAAAGAAAAUGAAGAAAAACUUUGUAGUUUUUUGGAGACAAGAUGUUCAUUAUUGCUUCGUCAGUAUCCCACGACGAAGGAGCAAGAUGACGAAGUUUUGGACUCCAAUGAUCUGAGCGAAAACACUCGUCUCGCAAUCACGCUACGAAGAAAUGAGAAAACAUUAUUAUUAAACGCUCUUUCGUUCUGUAAAGAAACGAAAGAACAGUUGUAGGUCAGGUCAGCAGUUAUUAAUAAGAGAAAUAAACUCAUCAUUAACUAUUAUAGUCUUACCUUUAUUUGCGCGUAGUCUCUCCUUUAUUUCCGAAUUGCACUAUUUUAAGUUUUCUUGUUGCCAAAAAUAUGUCCUUUUUUAAAACGCUGCCGGCA